UGUGUGCGUGUGUGUAUUUGUGAGUGUGCAUCUGUGCAGGGAGAGUAAAAGCACAGUGACUACUACUUCUCUUUUUUGUGGAGUGUUGGUGGAUCAGUGUGUGUGUGUGUGUGUGUGUGUCUGUGUGUGUGUGUGUGUGUAUGCGUGUGUGUGAGAGAGAAGACAGAGAAGCAGAGUACAUGUGUGUCUGUGUUGUUGAAGGAGAUGCUGCUGGGUGUGAUGGCUCUUUUGCGUUAGUAUUUGUGCGGACAGGAGAGUUGGAAGCAGUUGUUUUGUGGGACUCGCGGGGAAUGGCAAACUCCACGGUAUCCUUGGAAACAUCCGCCUAAAUGACAAUGGCCGAGAGCCAAACACUCCCUCCGAGUUCCUAACGGGGAGCCACAUACACCAGGAAGCCAACCAAACUUUGGCUCGCCUCCUUCUCCCCCCACAAGCUCAUUGUCUUUAAAGAAGCCAACCCUUUUCUCAUGGAUAUCCAGGCUAUCUGCUGCACUUUGGUGAACUGUAACUGUGACAGCUUCAAGCCUGGGAAGCUGAAGAGGAGGCAGUGUGAAAACUGCAAGCAUGGCUGGGUAGCACAUGCCCUGAGUAAACUGAAGGUGCACCACAUAUACCAGAGCAGCCAGGUGGAGAUUGUGCACUCCAACGUUGUGUUCGAUAUCUGCAGCCUGAUGCUAUAUGGUACCCAAGCCAUCCCUAUCCGCCUCAAGAUCCUCCUGGACCGCCUCUUCUCUGUGCUCAAGCAGGAGGAGGUCAUCCAGAUCCUCAACGCACUUGACUGGACACUGCAGGACUACAUACGAGGAUACGUGCUGCAGGAUGUAGCAGGGAAGGUGCUGGACCGGUGGGCCAUUAUGACGUUCGAGGAGGAGAUUGCCACACUCCAGCAGUUCUUGCGUUUUGGCGAGACCAAGUCCAUAGUGGAGCUGAUGGCUCUGCAGGACAAGGAGGGCCAGGCUGUAUUGGUACCCAGCACCCGCACCAACUCAGAUAUCCGCACUUUCAUUGAGCGUAACACCCCACGCACUGCUGCCAACCUCUCUACAUCCAAAAUCGAUAAGUUGAGCAGCAGUAGCAUGCACCACUUUGAGAACUUUGUCAACAGCAUGGCCUUCAUGCUGCCCUUCCAGCUGCUAGGCUCUGUUCCUGCACCGUUUCUGGGUUCACCAACAGGGCCACAGCAGCACCAGCAACAUCAGCAACCAUGCCGUGGGUCAAUGGAGCAACUGAGUCAGAGACGAGAUGAUAAAGGUUGUGAUGGUCUAGGGAGGGACAACCCUCUCCCUCUUUCUCACCCUACAGAGAGCAGCCUGCUAGGUUCCAGCUCUGUCUCAUUCACUGUUGAUCUAGACCGAAGUGUAGACAAACCAAUGGACAGCCUCUCCACCACCACAAAGAUAGAGGCAGAGGACUUCUCCACUAGUGACAACUACUCAGAUGGACCCUCCACACCGUGCACACCCUCAAUGAGCUGUGAUGUAACACAGAUGUCACCUGAGGGAAAGCUGCGCUCCCUGGACAGGAAUGGUUGCGGCGGUGGAGGGGGCUCAGGAGGUGGAGUAUGCUCUCUGAAGAAAGGUCGUGUAUAUUGCAACGCUUGUGAGAAGACAUUCUACGACAAAGGCACACUAAAAAUCCACUACAACGCAGUGCACCUGAAGAUUAAGCACAAGUGUACCAUUGAGGGCUGCAACAUGGUGUUCAGCUCGCUGCGCAGUCGCAAUCGCCAUAGUGCCAACCCCAACCCGCGGCUGCACAUGCCUAUGAACCGUAACAACCGGGACAAAGACCUACGGGGCAGCUUGUCUGGCGAUGAGAGCUCUCAAGGAGAGAAUAGGUCUGAAUAUGGAACCCCCAUCCCUGUCUGCUCUGCAGAAAGCCAUAAGUCAGUGCCCAGCUACAUGGUGAGCCAUGUAGACACUGGCUCUAAACUCCACAGCAGCUCGUUCCCCAGCAUGGGCCAGAGUGGUAUCCUCUUCCCUAACUUAAAAACAGUACAACCAGUCCUUCCUUUCUACCGCAGCCUGGUAACCCCGGCAGAGCUUGCCAACACCCCAGGAACAUUACCUUCCCUUCCUCUGUUAUCGUCCUCUGUAUCUAUUAAACACAUCUCAGUCUCUGAAUCCUGCAUAACAGACCCCAUACCAAAGAAAAAGUCUCGAAAGUCAAGCAUGCCAAUAAAGAUAGAGAAAGAGGUGAUGGAACGAGAUGAGCAAAUGGAUAAGGAGAGUAGCUCUGAGGAAGAUGCUCCUUUACAGGCUAGGGACAAAGAAGAGUGUGACGGAAGCCAAGCAGAAGGGCAUAAGUGCGAAAGACAAGCUGUGGUGGAGGGGGAUGCGAGAGGGGCUUACUUUGGCGAAGAGAAGGAAAGGGAAGGGGCCAAGCAUAUUUUGGACCAAACUUUAGAUAAAGAAAUGGCAGUGAGGGAGGACAAAGAUAAUGGGCCAAGGCAAGCUGAAACAGGGGUCAUCACUUGUGCAUCUUCCCCCUUCGAAGACAGACUGAUGGAGAAUCACUGUGACAACAACUUACUCUGUCAGGAACCCAAUGGCAAUGAAGAAAUGGAGGACAUGGAGCAUGUCAACUCACUGCAUGCAGCUGACAAGAACUCAGAGCUCAAAUGGGAUGAGGGUGAGCGCAGGCUGACUAAUGGGGGCGCUCUCCAACUCAUAGAUCGUGAGACGGAGGGAUCGGAUGGCUGUUUAGACGACUACGGUGACUUACGUUUGUCUCACCUCGACCCCAACGCUGAUCUGCCACACAACUGUGAGAUCUGCUGUAAGACCUUUAGGAACCCCUACAGCGUCAAGAUGCACUACCAAAAUGUUCACCUGAAGGAGAUGCACAUGUGCACAGUGGACGGCUGCAAUGCUGCCUUUCCCUCCCGCAGGAGCCGAGACAGACACAGUGCAAAUUUGAACCUGCACCACAAGCUGCUGACCAAAGACACAUUCAGCCCAGCCAACACCCUUUACUUGCCCUCGUCCCACUGUAGAGACAGAGACUCUGCUGGCCAGGACUACUACCAAGACCAGCGGGACAGAGAUCUACCCCAUCGAGACCCAACCAGCCAGACAUCCGUCAUCUUCCGAGGACACAAUCGUAUGGGCCUGGUUUUCCCAAUGAGCAAAAUGUCUACCGCACCAAACAGUGCUGAGGCAUCUCCCCUAGGAGAAAUGGAGGGAUUAGGAGAGGGAGGAGGAGAAGGUGGUGGAAGUGGGGAGGAUGGGGCAGUCCUUGACCUGAGCACCUCCUCCUCUGCCCCACCUCGAGGCAUUGGCAAUGCUUUAUCUACCUGGGACUCAGAUGGUGUCGGUAGUGAGGAAGGGGCAGGGAUUGAAGAGGAUGAGGAGACACUCCCCAUGGAAGACAGUGAUGAAAGUUGCGAUGGGAUUGGCGUGGGGAGGCCUGGGGGCGAGGAGUUGACACUCGGGGGAGAGAGAACCCUGGGCUGUGUUGGGGCAGGACAAUCCGGGCUUCAGGGAGGUGGGGGUGGAUCUCCGAUAACCUGCCACGUCUGCCAAAAGGUCUACAGCAAUAAGGGCACAUUCAGAGCUCAUUACAAGACUGUCCAUCUGCGACUGCUUCACAAGUGUAAAGUCCCUGGCUGUGAUACAUCCUUCUCCUCUGUGCGAAGCAGAAACAGGCACAGCCAGAACCCAAACCUUCACAGGAACCUGGCUGUUAGCUCAGGUGCCACAAUAGACCAGGAGUAAGGAUUUGAGCUCAUAUGCCAACAUGACUGAUUUCCUUUGUUCAAAUUGUCUUUGUAUUGUUGUUGUUGUUGUUGUUGUUGCUGUUGUUGUUGUUGUUGUUUUUGGGCACCUAAAGAAGGCUCACCAAUUAGCACUUUUUAAAUUCCAUACCGUGUCCAUCAUGUUGUCAUAAUUUGGCAAAAAGGAGAGAAACAAAAGUAUAAUAAGGAGUUAAUUUGUUGUGGUAAAUGCAACUUGCUUUCAUGACAAAUCGCUUUUUCUGCAAGGAAAACAUCGAUAAAGCUUUACACACAUACAGUAUGUCUGUGUUUACAAGUCAACAUAUAAAGAAAAACAGAAACAUACUCUACUUUCAAACGAUGAGAAAUGCGACCUUAAUGACACUAAAUAUUUUGUUGUAAUGCAGAACUGAUUUAUUUGCAUUGGUUUGCCUUACAGCCCAGUUUAGACCUCAAAAAAAGUUAUUUGUAUGAACUGAAUUUGUCCAUGUGUCGUCCAAGUGAGAGUUGAGCCAUGUAACUGUAUCAUGCAAGUUAUUUUUUCUGGUGUUUUUGUUGUCAGAUGUUUACAUCUUCCCUGUGAAGCUGUGUAUAAUGUAUUGAUCAAAAGCAGUAGUGAUUUAACCUCUACAUGUGUCACUUUGUUUAUUUGGACAAUGGUCUUCAAAAAUAGUCUUUGUUGAAAAGCUAUAUUGUUGUGAGCUUGACCAAUAAGUUAUUGUAUGGUGUUAAGUAUGAUCUGUCUUAACUGUUCUGGUUGUUGCAUACUGCUAAUGUUGACCAAAGAUUUUUCAGUCCACAGGUGUGUAUAGAAAGCCCUUCAUAAUGUGUGAGGGGUAUGCAGUAUUAAAAGGGCCCACCCAGUCUUCUCUCAUCUACUUUGUGAUUAACAGCAGUAUUCAGGGGUGGGCUCUGUUGUAAAAUAAAAUAAAAUUCACCAAAACAAAACAAAAAUAAACAGCUUUUGACUGAUCGGGGUGAAAAAAUAUCUUUUUGUAAAGAAAUCUGCUCGUGAGACUAGACUUGAUUAAGGCAUUGCUCUUGUAUUGUUUGUGUGGUUGCUUGCAGUAUCCUGACUGACUGGACAAACAACAGGAAUAUAUGCUGUGUCUGGAGGCUAGAAGCAUGUACUGUGAAUGAGUCAAACACUGAGAAAUAAUAAUAAAAAAUGCAAUUUAUAAUAAUGGCCCCACACAUGAGCACCCCCUAAAAACAACUGGUAAACAAAAUGUUUUUUGUACUGUAUAUUCUGUGAAUAGAGUAAUUUGUUAUCUGAAAGAAACCAAAAAAGAUACCUUAUAAAAUAGGCUAAUUUUACCACUAACAUUACAUGUUUUUCUUUCGUACUUUUUUUUUUUCAAAAAUGAAUGAACAAAAACAUUGUUUUUUUAAAUACGUCUGAUUAUUUCACCAUGGUCUAUACUGUUCUGGUUUUGCUCUGAAUUCUGCAUUUUUUUUUCAUUCUGUAUUUAAAAGAAAUGGGCCUGAUUCAAGAUCCUAUUUGUUGGUUGUAUAGAUUUGUUAAA